CAUUUGAAUUGAUAGAAUUAAAGCCCACCAUUGACAAAUACACAUAACUCGCAUACAGUUCCAUGUUAAUUUGUCGAUUAAUCCCAUCUUCGCAUUCUUUUUCAAAAUUCUGACGUACUUGACUAUCAGUCAUGGUUCUGGAUGCGUAAUUAUUGGCAAGUAUUAUCUUGUACGGAAUUCUAACUCGAGAGCGGUCACCGCAAGCUCGCCCUGUGUGACAGAUCGUCACCGACAGUACUCCAGCAACUGAACCAGCUGAUCUAGCGAAUGGAUAAAUGACACGUAAUGCCAAAGAGGUUCCAGGCCCGGUAUACGAAGUUAAAAAACUCGUACGAUAAUGACAGCUUGUAAACCAGCGAGCAAUGCAAAACGGAAGUCGCAUUUUCUCUCUAUGCCAGUUUGCAAUGCAGUGAAAAUGUGUGAACUGUUAACGAAAGUAACACGAUAUAACUAAGCAAUCUUUGAGUGCCAUAACAUCUUGGUGUGAUGCGUGCUUGAAACAGCGCAACAUCUAUGCUGCGACGCACUUCAUGUGCACAGACAAAAGUGUACCAUCACCCGUGCGUAGAAAAUGACAGAAGAAAAAUGAUGGUUAAGUUUGAGUUUUGGAAACUGUUUAUAGCUUUAUUUCAAUUAAUUUUGGGAAUAUCCGCGUCCACUCAUUGGGUUGUGACAGAAAAUGGAAGGAUCCAGUCACAACUUGAUUCUAUGUUCCAUAUGCGGCGACCUUACGACUUAUUGUCCCUAUUGGAACAAGAAAAAAGGGUUAAAGCAAUCGAAGAAUUGCACAAUGAAUUAAUGACACGCAAGUCCAGCAUUGAUCAACAGUGGGGAACUUUAGAAGGUGCUGCAGAUCUUGAAUCGAGGCUCUACUCUCAAGAUCCAGAUUGUUUGAAAGCAGGUCAUACUCUUGCAGAUACUGAUUUGUAUAUAAGUCUCAUUGGAGACAUUAGGGAGCGUGUCAAGUUAGAAAAUUAUCUGGUAUCUUGUGAAGGUGGAGUACCCGAACUUCCAGAUUGCUCUGCAGUGAUUGACUUGGAUUUCAGUAUGACUUCUUUUGAGCAUUUGCAGGUGAUGGUUAAACGUGCUAACCUUUCUACAUGUCCAGAGUUAUCCCUGGCUUCAUUUGUUUUGGAAGACCAAGAUAUGGCUCAAUUUGCCCAUCAAGUAGCAUUGGGCUUACAGAGAAAUUCUACAUCUUGGUUACAUCAUAACCUUGCAGCUGUGUAUUGGCGUAUCAGAGGCAAUGCUCCUAAUGCUGUAGAGUGCGCCCGCAGAGCAGUGCAUUUUGCUCCUAGAUGUGAAUGCCAGUGGAUUGGUCUUCGUCUGUCAGUAUUGGAGGCAACUCACAUGGGCAGUCUGUUACUAAAUGUUACUGCCAGUCAAGCAUUAGUGUGUUUGUUGGCUGUGGCCGAAGCUAACUUGAGGUGCAACAGAAUGGUGGACAUUAAGGUGGAAGGAAGGUGCAGCAUCUUGUUGAAGCAGAUAUACAAAGUUUCUAAUGGCUUGUCAGUGUCUGAAUGCUUAGUGGGGAGCUCACGCAGGCAAUACAAAGAUUUGGCCCUGCUCACCCUGGGAGGCCUGUUGCAGCAGGCAAAAGCUUUGGUUGAAGCAGCUCUGGUGCUGCACGCUGCUGUAGACCACGCGCCACAUGUUCCUCAGAACCAUUUGGCCUUGGGCACUGUGUAUGCCAUCCUGGGGGACUACAAUAGGUCUGUGGCGUGUCUUGACAAUGCGCUGAAGUUACUCCCUUCUUUGGAAACAGCCUCCAAGUUGAAACAUACUGUAAAAUGUCAUCACAAAUUAGAGCAAGGCCUGUUGGACUUGCAUCAAUCCCUGCAGUCUAUGUUGGGGGAACUACAGGAAUACCAUGCACGUCAAGAGCGCUGGUUGCAAUUACAGGAACGUUUGCGUCGAGAACAAGCGCCUUUGGAAAUGAGGUUGUUGGAUCAAGAUCCAGCAUUACUCUCCCUUCUUAGAGGCCCUAGUUGUGUGCAGCAGUUACCUGAUGGAAGUCAGUCAAGCCGCAGUUGUGAACACAUUGGAUUAGGUACUUUUCCUUGGCAAGCUCACAGUUUGCAGUUGUUGCUGCGGAAAGUUGAGUCACGGGCCAAGAAGAUAAGUGAGCAGAUGCUUCGCCACAAUCCAUUGGUGCAGGAGCAGUCUGUGCUUGAGCCCAGCCAGAGUGCAGCAAGUGAGGGGGAGGAGCCCGUGAGCAUGGAGGAUGGGAGGCAGGUGGGGGAUGGAGGAGUGAAAGAGGAGGCGGCGGUGGAUGAGGCGUUGGUGACUCCCCCAGAGGCUCAAUCGUGGCCUUCACAGGAAGAGUGCACGGCAUACAAGAGCCAGUUUCCUGUCAUCCAGGACCUGUCCUCAGUGUUUCUUGCUCCCGAAGAUCGAGGUUUUGAGGCCCACCUCUACUUGGGACCAUUGAUUGGACUGGGCUCUGGGGAAGAACAUGCUUUGCCCUGGUACCCGCCCACUUGCUCUGCAGCAGAGGUGUCCCAUGAACCCCUGGUGCAGAGGCUGUUCCCCAGGCUGGUGCCUCAGCACCCAGAACCUGCACCAGAACUACAGCUGCUUCCAGAGUUACUCAAGUAUGGGGUCCAGGGGCAGGCUGUGGAGGCAGAGAUAGGGCAGAGGAUUCUAUCAGCCAUCAACAAGGACGUGGGUCCGCGCUGGCUGCUGCACUCGCUGGCGGCGCUGUACUGGCGCGUGCGGGGCAACCUGCGCCACGCGCUCGACUGCCUGCGCGUGGCGGUAGCGGCGGCGCCCGCGCGCCUGGCCGACGUGCCGCUCGUGUCGCUGGGCGCGCUGCUGCUGCGCGCGGGCCAGCUGCCGGCCGCGCGCCGCGCCGCGCUGCACGCCCUCGCCGAGAUGUGUGGGACAGGGAAACCCAUGGAUCUCCUGAGCAGCCUGGAGGGGAUGAGGGAAGGAGACACAGUUGUGUGCAGUGUGGAUGGCCAGCAGUGUCACACUAUGCAGUGCUUUUCCCCUGGUCAGAAUUCCGCUGACUGCCUGACAGGUGGGCUGAUGACGUUGGACGCUGCCACAGUGGCUCGGCUUCUGGGGCCGGGCAACAGCCAGUGCGCAGGGGAAGAUGUCCUGGAUCAGCCGGAUGAGACGGAACUGGAAAGAAUGGGCGACCCUAGUUCGUUACCCAAACAUUUUCGAUUACGAAUAGCUUUGGGAGAUGAUGAACUGCAGUCUUCAAACCUUGGAGAAUUUUAUGUGGAGUCCCUACCCAUAAUACCAUCAGGGUCUAACAUCAAUGGUCAGCAACCUGAGUGUGAUAGAACGCUCCCACCAUCCCACUUAACAUUGGAUCACUUGGCUGGUGUGAGGCUGCGACACCGACUGCAGGCAUCUGCUGAAUCAGGACUGCGUCUGUGGUUGGCGGCCGCUCUUGGAGACCCUUCAAGCAAACCCUCGGAGAUGGCUGUGCGUCUGGCACUGGCUCUGCAGGAAAAUGCAACGUCAUGGGUUCUAGCCACAGCUGCUGCAUUAUAUUGGCGUAUUGUUGGACGAGCUGACCAAGCUGUUACUUGCCUGAGGCAAGCUCUACAGUAUGCUCCUAGUACUGAAAGAAACAUUCCUCUUGUGAGUCUAGCCAGUGUAUUGUCGAGAGCGGGCUUCAAUAGUGAUGCUCUAGUGGUUGCAAAUAUGGCCCUAGAUCUAGCUCCAAAGUUUUUUGUUGCCCACUUCACCAUUGCUAAUAUCCAUGCUUCAAUGGGGGAUCUUGAAAAAGCAAUAACUUUCUAUAGGUCAUCUUUGGAGUUAGAACCAAAUUUUGAACCAGCUAGGAAUCGUCUCUUGGGAAUACUUUGUUCUGUUUUAUUUGAAGAACAUAGCAAACAGGAUGAAUAAAAACCAUAUUAAUUAUUUUGUGUUUUGACUUUUCAGUGUUUACAUUUAUUGUCAUUUGUUAUCAUUUUAAGACUUGGUUAUUUACUAAAGUUUUUCAGUUUUACCCUGUGAGCAAAAACUCUCAGAAACCAUAUUAAUCUUCACAAUAAAACAUUCUGUUAUGAUUGAAAUACAUAGUACAAAUUAGAAGGAUCUUGAAGAAAGAUGUAUUUAUCAAAAUCUUAUGUUUAGCAAUUUUUUCACUGUAUUUUAUAUAAAGUUUUCCUACUUCCACAAUUUAAUGGGAGCUUGUCUAUAUAUUAUUGCAAAUAAAUUUUCACAGU